AUGCGAAGCAUCCAAAGUCCCAAAUCCGGCGCCCUGGCUGGUGUCUGCGUUUGGAUCUUCAUCAUGAAGUAUAUCCUCAUCGCCUCGCUUCUUACGUCUGCGGUGUACGCUGCGCCGUUCGCCCAGGUGGGCGCGAAUGCAGGGCAGCAGACGGGCCAGCAAAACGGACAAGCUGGAGACGUGCAAAACAGCAACGGUAACGACAACGGCAAUGGCAAUGGCAAUGGCAAUAUUCAAAACGGGCAAGCCAAUUUGCAAAACGGUCAGAACACCGGAACCACCAGCAACGCGCCACAGACUGGGGGCCCACAAAACGGACAGACACCUACGGCAGGAGAUCUCGCAACAGCAGUGUCAAACUGGCAAGCAGACACAUCCAUGGUCUCUAACUUCCUCAACACCGGGCCCAGCAUCCAGAACAACGUUGCAUUCAAGCAGGCUGCGACAGUAGCCUUCAACGCCGAAGUGGACGAGUUGACGCACAAGGCCAUCAUCGAUGCUGCAAAUGGUGGCCAGGCCGAUGUGAUUGCUGCGAAUAGCACGUUGGCUACUGGUGGGAGUUUUCAGGAUGUGGUGGAUAAGCUGCAGGAGAUGAGUGUGAAGGGGUUGGCGGCGAGCCAGAAUAUCGACUUGAUUAAUCAGAAUCGGUGUGUCAAUGUGCUGCCGAAUAUUGAUGCCUACAUGGCGUCGACCGGUAGCAACUCCCAGGCUAUUCGGCCGACGGCUUGCGACCAGACGGGUGUGGCCGGUGGUGUUCAGGGUACGGGUGCUACGCAGCCUGGCCAGCCUGCUGGUAGUCCUGCUGCCGCUUUUGCUGCCGCUCAGGAUCUUGCUGCCGGGAAUGGAAAUGGUCUUGUGCAGAAUGGGGCGGACCAGGGGAACGCUGGUGCUGGGGGUGUGGCUGGCCAACAGGGUGGACAGCAGACGCAGAAUCAGGGGACUCAGGGUACAAAUGGAGGUAAUGCUCAGGGUAUCAAUGGAGGAAAUGCUCAAGGCACGAACCAAGGCACUGCGCAAGAUGGAAACCAAGGUACCACUCAAGGUACAAACGGGGGUAAUGCUCAAAGCACUGCCGCCCAAGGUACUGUUCAGGGUACUGACCAAGAUACAACUCAAGGUACUGCUCAAGGUAGUGGCCAAGAUACGAUUCAAGGCACUGGUCAGGGUACAGCUCAGGGUACUACCCAGGGAACAGCUCAAGGGAACAGCCAGGACAGCAAUCAGGGUACGGCUCAAGGAAAUGGUCAAGGUAACCUUCAGGGCACAAACUCCCAGGGUCAGACUACAGGUGCAUCUCAGAAUCAGGACAACUCUCAAAACCAGGGAACCUCUCUGACUGGCUCUACCGGCGCAAUUAAUGGCCAGUCGCAGCAAGGACAAGCUGAUGAUGCUUAA